AUGGAGUUCCUGAGCCUACCUGAGUACUACAACCCUCUUGAGCCUGAGUUGGGCGAGAAGCAGAGUACGACUCAAACAGCCAAGUUGGCACAGACGCAGGCUCAGAGUCCCGGUGAGAACCGCGAGAAAGACGUCGAGAACAAGAGGACAGGCCCAGGAGCGGUUCUGGCUACACUUUUCACCGCGGAUGAUCCUGAGGGGACCGCCGCGUUCAACGCUUUGCUCGAACAGUUCAAGCAAGACGAGGAGGCCCAGCUGGCCAAAGUGACAAUGGAUGACUCAGGCUGA